AUGUCAUCAGUCUCGGCUACCAAAUCCCCAUUUGCCGAUGAAGUGGUGCGAGGGGGAUACGGAAAGUUAUUCGAGGGACAUACAGUCUUCCUCACUGGAGGUACUGGGUGCUUGGGGGGUUGUCUCCUGCACAAGCUCGCUUUGCAACUGCCAACCCGCAAGAUAUUUGUCUUGGUCCGAGGCGACGUCCAGCAGGCCAUGAGAAAAUUGAGACAAUCAAUGCCAAAUCAUGUGCAGGCUAUCUUAGCUACGAAGAAAGUCGAGUUUGUGAUUGGGGAUAUGCAAUCGGUUCAAUUCGGCAUCGGAUCUACCGUCCUUCAGCAACUUCAAGAGCAAGUCACACUAGUCAUUCAUACAGCGGCCAAGAUUAAGCUUGAGGGCCCUAUUCGUGAUGCCUUGGAGAACAAUUGCCUCCCUGCUUUGGAAAUGGCACGGAUGGCCUCGGGGUUUCGGCGGCUGAAACUCUUCAUCCAACUUUCUACAUCAUAUGUCAAUAGCCAUCUUCCCGAUGGCCCGGUUUUAGAGCAGAUAUAUCUAUUAGGAGGCGAAGAAGACCCAGAAGAAGAGCUGGCGUCUAUCUUGGCCACUGGCGAGUCAUCGCAUUCGGCUAAAUUCUCGUCUACAUACACCCAAGCUAAGCAUCUCAUGGAACGUCUCCUGCUCAGCCGCUUCCCACUUCUUCCAAUCCUGCUGCUACGGCCAACAAUAUUCGGUCCUUCAUUCAGACACCCCUACCCGCUCUAUGGAUCGGAGGACUCGACGCCUCUCACUAAGUUUACUAAGCUCUGGUUCUCCGAUCGGGGUGCUACUCAAGUCUGGCAUGCUACCGAAGGCUACGAAACUGGCACAAACAUCAUAGACGAGAUCCCUGUGGACCUCGUGGCAAAUGCAUGUCUACUUCAUGCAGCAGCGCGAACAACGGGUAUUGUCCAGGUUGGAUCCCAGCUCUAUCACCCCAUCACCUUCGAUGAGGUUUUCCGCAUGGGACAGGAAAACGCCGCACCUGCAGUCCAACGAGACUUUCCGAAGAUCAUCUUCACACAGGAUCGUAGCACACCGCAAUGUUUUCUUGCUGAGUUAAUUCAAGUCGGAACACGCAAUUGGUUGUUCGAUUGUGGGCGGUCAUACUGGCUCAAGCAAGUGAGCGGGCCGUUGAGCAUCCAGGUAUGCAAGCAUGAGGCGGAUGCUCUAAAUAUGAUACGAACCCAUAAUGUCCUUGGAACUGGCAAGGAGAAAGCUCGGAUGUGA